AUGCCGCAGGUCAAGUCGUUGGAGGCGUACGCGCCCCAGGUGGUGACGCAGCCGCUCCCGAGCAAGGGUAAAACGCAGUUGCAGCCGCUUCAGCAGCAGCAGCAGCUGUUGCAGCAGCAGCUGCUCCUGCUGCAGCGGCAGCAGCCGCUGCAGCAGCAACAGCUGCAGCAAGUUCAGCAGCAGCUACAGCAAGUGCAGCAGCAGCUACAGCAAGCGCAGCAGCAGCAGCCGCUGCGGCAGCUGCAGCAGCUGGCGCAGCAGCCCUUCCAACACAGGGUGGAGCGCAGGGCUCUGCUGCAGGCAGCCGCUGCGCAGCCGCCAGUGGUGGUGCAGCCGGCGGCCGCGCAGCCCCACGACACCGCCGCGCACGUCGAGCCGUCCCAAUCGCCGCCGCCGCCGCCGCCACCAAGCCCGCCCCCGCCGCCGCCGCCGCCGCAUCAGCGGGCGACGUUCACGCCACUGUCGCGCCAGGACUUCCUGCGGCCGGAAGCCGCGGAAACGCUGUUCUAUCUGUGGCGCGCCACCGGGGACGAGAUUUACCGGGAGUGGGGCUGGAACAUGUUCCGCGCGUGGGAGCGGUGGUGCAAGUGCCCGACGGGCGGGUAUGCCACGGUUCGAGACGUGUACCCGAUCCCUCCCCAGCUGGACAGCAAGAUGGAGUCCUUCUGGCUGGCCGAGACCCUCAAGUACCUCUUCCUGCUGUUUGAGGACGACCCCUCGGUCCUGUCCUUUGACGAGUGGGUGCUCAACACGGAGGCGCACCCGCUGCCCAUCUGGGGGACCGCGCCGGACAAGAUGCGGGAGGAGGAGCUCUACGAGUUCUCCCUCAAAGACAUCCCGGUGCGGCGCGGCCCCAAGAAAGCGAAGGGCGCGCAGCGGCCGCCGCUCGUAGUAUGA